UUGGUUUUCAGUGACGGGAAAGCUGGACUGCGGGCGGAGCGUUUUCCCACGAUUGUUUACACUCCUUCAAAUAAAACAGCAUUCUGGCGAUUUUCGUCCGAAAAAUCUGGAUUUAAACUUGAUUUACGAGUUUCCAAGUAAAAAAUCAAACUUUUUAAGCCAACAUGGAUGAUGGAGACUACGAUAACGAUGAUGUCGGAGGAGACGAAUUCGACGAUGUCGAGGAGGACGAUAACAUUGAUGAGCUAAAUCAGGAAGAGGAUGGGGACAACAUCGAACUGAUUACGCCCGGUCAGGCAGGUGGCGGAGUGCCGAAGUCCAAGCGGAUUACCACCAAGUACAUGACCAAAUACGAGCGGGCGCGUGUUCUGGGAACGCGAGCGCUGCAGAUUGCCAUGUGCGCUCCGAUUAUGGUGGAGUUGGAGGGAGAGACUGAUCCACUGCAGAUUGCCAUGAAGGAGCUUAAGCAGCGGAAGAUUCCUAUUAUUAUAAGGCGGUACCUUCCGGAUGCGUCCUAUGAGGAUUGGAGCAUUGACGAGUUGAUUAUUAUUGACCAUUGAGGUAGAUGGCUGAUAAGGAGUUAUUGUAAAAUGUAAGAUCUAUCUAUAUAUUAAGUGAUUGACGCAA